CAUGUCCUGUUCUGAAGGGGGGGAAGUCCUGAAUGGCCCAAGUCCACCUCCGCAUUGCAGAGUCACCAGGUGGCUUCUUUACACCACUGCUCAGUGCCCUGCUAGUGACUCACAAACACCUAUAAUCUUCUAGCUCAGCCCAGGAUACAAACAUUGCGCGGGAAAAACAGGGCUUCACUCCUCAUUAUAUAUAAUGUACCCCGAUGUGUGCUGCCUGGCCCCACUCCUGCUGGGGACUUGUGCCUUUUGCCUCCUGCCUACCCCGUCACAUGCCGCUUGGAGGUAGGGGUAACAGAUGCUGCUUAGCUCAGGCUUUUACCAACUGCACAGCAAGGCCCCCGUUCCGGCAGAUCCUACCGGGGACUGUCCCCCUUCACCCCGGACACAAGCCAAGUAACUCCCUAAAGCAAGAGCAACGGCCAGGAUGGAGGGUGAGCAAUAAGCGCUACGGGAACAAGCUAUGUGGGUACUACAGGUGCCGAGAUGAUAAUCUUUUGGUCCUAACCGUUGCCACUGAGGAGACAGAAGGCUUAAGGCGUUUCCAAAGAUCUGCGCACUCCUUUAACUACAAAGUGAAGGUUCUGGGACUAGGAGAAGAAUGGCUUGGAGAUGGACAAAAGAUCCAGCUCAUGAAGUUGGCUCUGGAGCCAUAUUCAGACAAAGAGGAUCUAAUUAUCUUAUUCACUGAAAGUUAUGAUGUGAUUUUUGCAUCUGGACACGGAGAACUCUUGAAAAAAUUCAGACAAGCCAAGAGUAAGGUUGUUUUCUCAGCAGAAUCUGUAGCUUACCCUGACCGACAUUUAGAGUCAAAGUAUCCUGUGGUUCGAGAGGGUAAACGGUACCUUGGAUCUGGAGCAUUUAUAGGUUAUGCUGCACAUCUGUAUAAGAUGGUAGCGGACUGGGAUGGAACAGAUAAGAGCAGUGACCAGCUCUUUUAUACAAAGCUCUUCCUAGAUCCUGUUAAAAGGGGAAAGAUUAAUAUAACCCUAGAUCACAGAUGUCGGAUUUUCCAGAAUCUCUAUGGAUCUGCAGAGGAUGUUGUCCUGAAGUUUGAGUAUGGUCGUGUAAGAGCUAGAAACCUUGUAUAUGAUACUCUUCCUGUCUUAAUUCAUGGAAAUGGCCCAACAAAGCUUCAUCUGAACUAUCUCAGUAAUUACAUUCCCCGAGUAUGGACUUUUGAGUCGGGUUGCAAUGUCUGUGAUGAGGGUCUGAGGAAUUUGGAUGGUCUAACGGUUGAUACUCUUCCAUUGGUAGUAAUUGGCAUUUACAUUGAACAACCAACACCAUUUGUCUCUGAGUUUUUUAAGCGUCUGAAUAAUUUAAAUUAUCCCAAAAACCGAAUCCAGCUUUAUAUCAGCAAUCAUGAACCUCAUCACCAGAAACGGGUAGAACAUUUUCUGCAGGACCAUGGUACACAAUACAACUUUGUUAAAACUGUGGGGCCAGAGGAAAACUCAGACUUUGCUGAUGCCCGUAAUAAAGGAAUGGAUAUGUGCCGGCAAACUCCAGAGUGUGAAUAUUACUUCAGUAUUGAUGCCCCGGUAGUGCUGAAAAACACCAAUGUUCUUCGGAGCCUCAUAGAACAAAACAAGUCUGUAAUUGCCCCAUUGGUGAGCCGAAAUGCAAACUUGUGGUCAAACUUUUGGGGAGCCUUAAAUUCCGAUGGAUAUUAUGCUCGAUCUGAGGAUUACAUAGACGUUGUUCAGAGACAAAGAAAUGGCGUCUGGAAUGUCCCUUAUAUCUCCAGUGUUUAUUUGGUGAAAGGAAGCAUUCUAAGGUCUAAACUAAAUCAGAAUGACCUGUUCCACAGUGGUACCUUGGACUCUGACAUGGCGUUCUGUCAUAAUGUCCGCCAACAGGGAGUCUUUAUGUUUGUUACAAACAGACAGGAAUUUGGCCACAUCCUUUCCCUGAAGAAUUACAAAACAACUCAUCUACAUAAUGAUCUUUGGGAGAUUUUUGAAAAUACAGAGGACUGGAAAGAAAAAUAUAUUCAUCAUAAUCAUUCAGAAGCAUUAAAAGGAAAAUUAGUUGAAAUGCCCUGCCCAGAUGUGUACUGGUUUCCAGUAUUUACAGAGACAACCUGCAAUGAGAUAGUAGAAGAAAUGGAGAGCUUUGGCAAGUGGUCAACUGGUAGUAACACGGAUCAAAGGCUCCAAGGUGGCUAUGAAAAUGUCCCUACAAUAGACAUUCACAUGAACCAGAUUGGCUAUGAAAAAGAAUGGCAAAAGAUACUACUAGAUUUUAUUGCGCCAUUAACUCAGAAAAUGUUUCCAGGUUACUAUACCAUGGCACAGUUUGACUUGGCUUUUGUUGUGCGAUACAAACCAGAUGAACAACCAUUACUUGAGCCUCAUCAUGAUGCCUCCACCUUUACUGUUAACAUUGCUCUAAACAGUGUAGGACAAGAUUAUGAGGGAGGUGGCUGCAGAUUCCUCCGAUACAAUUGCUCUGUAAGAGCCCUAAGGAAAGGCUGGGCUUUGAUGCACCCAGGACGACUGACUCACUACCAUGAGGGACUGCGUGUAACUAAAGGAACAAGAUACAUUGUGGUUUCUUUUGUGGAUCCUUAAGUGUCCCUUUCUUAGAAAAUAACUUGUGACUUGACAAGGUCACUUUGACACAGUAUUCAGUGAACUUAAGUGAUAACAUAUUCAGAAAAGUCCAGUUUCAGAAGCUUCCAUGUUGAUAUCUAGAACAUUGUUCUUUUUAAGAGGCCUGUGUAAAAGAAAAUGGACUAGAGUUGUUCAAACAAGUACUUGACAAAUAUAACUGUGAAUCCAAUGGUAUUCAAAAUCAGAACCUAUACAACUGGUUAUAGAUGUGGAUUUUACUACAUUAAAAACAUUUAUUGUGCCUUAUAGAUUUAGAUAGAUUUCCACAACGCAGGUGUACUGUACUAACAUUUCAUAUAUAUAUAUAUAUAUAUAUAUGUAUGUGUGUGUGUGUGUUUCACUGUAAAGUGUUAUUUAUGAUGAUUUAUUUAAACAUUUGUGGUAUCAGCUAAGAUUCCAAUUUCAUUUUCUCUGUUGCCCCAAAUGUAAAACGUUGCCAUUUUAGAAUAAACACAGUUCUGAGGUUA